AUGGGGCCGCGGGCGGGCGCCGGGCUGGGGGGGGUCUUGCUGGGGUUCGCCCUCUUCGGGGGAGUCCUGCUGGGCACCUCCUGCGCCCAUCUGGAGCCGGACCCGGACCGGGACGGGGCCGAGCCUUGCCGAGCCUGCCGCGUCGCCGACAGCUUCAGCAGGGGUCUGGAACGAACAGAGCAUGAGGGCUUUGGUGGGGGCAACACAGCCUGGGAGGAGGAGAAGCUGGCCAAGUACCGGCACAGUGAGACCCGUCUACUGGAAGUGUUGGAGAGCGUCUGCAGCCCCUCAGAUUUCACCUGCCACCAGCUGCUAGAGCGGAGCGAGGAGCAUGUGGAGCAGUGGUGGUUCCAUGAGCAGCACCAACAACCUGACUUCUUCCAGUGGCUGUGCAUGGACAGGCUGGCGCUCUGCUGCCCACCUGGCACCUAUGGUCCUGACUGCCAGCCCUGUGCUGGUGGACCCAGGCAGCCCUGCAGUGGCAAUGGGCGAUGUGAUGGUGAUGGCACACGUCGUGGCACUGGCUUGUGCGUCUGCAGCCCAGGCUAUGGUGGCCCUUUCUGUGCUGAGUGUGGUGAUGGCUACUAUGAGGCCUCACGGAACAAGAGCCACCUGGUAUGUGCUGAGUGCUACCGAGCAUGUGGGCGCUGCACGGGGCCGGAGGAUUCCAGCUGUCUUCGCUGCAAGAGAGGCUGGGUGCUGCAUGACCAUCGCUGCAUUGACAUAGAUGGUGUGGCACCAGAGAUGGCACAAUGCCGAGCUAACCAGUUUUGCGUCAACUCGGAGGGCUCCUAUGAGUGCCGAGACUGCUCCACGGCUUGCAUUGGCUGCAUGGGUGCUGGGCCGGCUCGCUGCAAGAAAUGCAACAAGGGCUAUUGGCGGGAUGGAGCCAAGUGCCUAGAUGUGGAUGAGUGUGCAAGCACCGAGGAACCAGUGUGCACAGGAGCACAGGAGGUGUGUGGAGAACACAGAGGGCAGCUACGCUGUGUCUGUGCCCGCGGUCACGUCCGGCGGGAUGGACAUGUUGUCCCAUCCACAAGCACUUUACCCGCAGAUGCCCCGGAGAAAGGCUUCUUCGAUGAUGUAACAGAGGACGAGGUAGUGGUGCUGCAGCAGAUGUUCUUCGGUGUGAUGAUCUGUGCCCUUGCAACGCUGGCAGCCAAGGGCGACAUAGUCUUUACUGCCAUCUUCAUUGGUGAUGUGGCUGCCAUGGCUGGCUACUGGCUCUCUGACCGCAGCGACCGCGUCCUCGAUGGGCUUCAUGACGGGCAGAUAGCUCUGGGGCUGCCAGAUGCAGGCAAGGUGGGGCAGGCUCAGCCUGGGGUGCAGGCUCCUCCCUCCCCGGCAGAGGGUGUGCUGAGGCCGGAUCCUACGCAGAGUGCUGUGCCCUGCAUGCAUCUCUCAGCCCUUCCUUAGUGUAGGGUCUCGUCCCCUCCCAGCAGAAUGAACCGGGGAUAUCUGAUCCCUGGGGGCUCCCUCACAGUCACUCUGGACAAGAGGUGAUGCCAGGCAGUGGGGCACGUGAGUGGGGCACAGCAUGCUGCCCCUGGCCCCCUUAUGCUCUGGCACUAUGCAGGUGGGAGAAGGUGGAGGGCAAGUUUGAGGGGUUGCUCUGGCACUGCUGGGUGCUGCAGCAGGUGACGGACUGGCAGAGCUUGGCCUUGCAGCCUGCCCAGUGAGUGUUGCCACGACUGGAGGCUGCCAACCCCGUGGGACGUUGUGUUGUGGAUUCCCCCCACAUGAGACCAUUGCCCGUGAAUGGCUGGGUCCCUGCCGGGUCCCUGCUCUGCCCUGAGCCAUGGAGCUGGGCAGGCUGCUCCCCUCACAACCCUUCCUCCCCCCGUCCCCGGGCAGAGCCCCAUCUCUACCCUCACAGCUGUGAGGGGGCCAGGAGCUCCCAUGGGGCAGGGGGUCUCCUGCCACUCGCAGGGUGCUGUGCUGGUAGGGGAGCUCUGCCAGAUGCAUGAGCGCGACUGUUGCAUUUGUCUGUGGUUUGUCCGUCAGGGUGUGCCCAUCUGUCCGUGUGUCCAUAUCUCAGGAAAUAAAGCUCUGCACACCUAA